CGCUCAAAGAGUUUUUCCCCUAAAGUUGAAGUUGUUUCGACUUUGUGCCCUUAAGAUCUUGAAAUCUAAACAACUUUGUGCGCUCAAGAUCUUGAAAUCCAAGAUCUCAAAUUGUGUUUGAAAACCAACAUAAUGACAAAUCGGAAGCCCCGCAAACCCCUUCGAGUCCAUCGAUACGAAGGAUCUAGUUCUGGUUCGAAAAAUGUAGCAAUGAAGUCUGCAAGGGAGGAUGAAACAUGCAAGAAGAAACCAGCUAUUGAUUGGUUUUCAGCUGUUGAUCAGUUUCAUAAACUAAGCUGUUCGGAUCUAAGCCAGCUAAUCAGGGAUUCUGGAAAUGGCCCCAUUCGAUAUGCUAAACAGAAUGGAUCAUUGUUUGAGAUUUAUAUAGAAAGUCUAGCAAGAUAUCUUCCUUUGCACCUUAUAUCAAAGCUUUUAUUAUUUAAACGAGAUGAACAGCAUCUGAAAUACUUAUUAUCCGGGGUACGAUUAUUGCAUGGUUUGCAUGAUAUUGCUUAUUGCCAUUCAAAACUUAGGCAGCUUCUGUUUGAAGAUUCGAGUUCAUCAGCAUGUGCUGUUGAUUUGAUAUUUUCCAUCAUUGUUUUUCUUAGCAACUUUAAGCAGAAACUUAAUCCUCCAAGCAAUAAUGAGGUUCUUUAUCACUCGACAUUAUUGGCUAGCAGUUUGUAUCUCUUUAAAGCAUGUAUAUCUUCACAGUGGCAUGACAUUACCAGUGUUCUACUUGCACACCCUAAGGUUGAUGUAUUUACGGGUGUAGCCUUCCCCUCUGUCCGUGUGGUUAUUAAUUUUCUUCAAGCGAAGCUUUCAGCUCAACAUACUGACACUUACAAUGCUGAUGAAGUCUACAGUUUCUCCCUGCAUUGUGAGGCUUCUCUACAGUUUCUUCACUCACUUUGCCAGCAAAAACUGUUUCAUGAAUGUGUUUUUAAGAAUAAGGAUCUUUGCAAAGAAGGUGGUGUUCUUUGGUUGGUUCAAGACAUUAUGAAACUUCCUCAAUGCAAAGACCCUCAUCUUAUGGUUGUGGUUUCUAGGCUAAAAUCAAAGAUUUUAUCAAUUAUGCUGCAGCUUUGUGAAGUGGAAAGAAUCUCUUUCUUGGAUUUGGCUGCAAACACCACUGAAGGCUUGGAUUUAGCUAAGUCUACUAUAUCUGAGGUCCUGGAAUUGCUAAAUAUCAUGUUUUGUGGAGGUGUCAAUGGUGUUUCUGCUUACAAUCCAAGGGGGAUUUUGCAAUUAAAUGCAAUGCGAGUAGUUGAAUUAGUCUCUGAUGAUUCUAAUUUCCAAUCUUACAUAAUCUCAAAUUUUACAGAGGUUUUGACAAGAGUGUUUUUGGUACCACAUGAAGAAUUCUUGUCUAGUUGGUGUUCCUCUGAUUCUAGGGCUGCUGAAGGGGAUAUUACUCUGAAUUAUGAUUCCUAUUCAGCAUCUGGACAGGUUUUGGGUGUGAUGUCUAGGCAUACAUCACAUGCUUCAAAACCUGUUUUCAUUACCAACUCCCGUGCUUCUCAGACCUCCUAUCCCUUUGCACAUCAAAAAACAUCUUUACUGGUCAAAAUUGUAACAAAUCUCAUCUGUUAUGCUCCACAUAUCUGUAAAGAGGAGGAGAAUGAUCUCUUCCUUAACAAGUUUUUUCAGUGCUUGCAAAAGAAACGUUCCAACUUACCAGAUGGAGUUGCACAUGGUGGUGCUAAAAGAGCAGCUGCAGCUACCAGAAACCUGAGUUCCUUAUUGAUUCAUGCUGAAUCUUCGACUAUUUCUAGAUACCUUAAUAAAGAUGAUGUUCAACUCUUUACGGUGUUUGUUAUGCGAUUGGAGAAACUAUGUAAAGAAUCCGAUAUCCACCAAGUCAAGGAGGUUCAUAAUAGACCUAUACCUCAACGAUCAACUCCAGAUGGGUGCAAGCGAAAAGUAGGUAGUGUUGCUCCGAGGGGUGUUGAUGAGACGAACAUUGAAACAAUCGGAUCAUAUUUAUCCAAUAUGCAGUUAAAGAGUGCUUCUGAUGGAAUGAAGAAUGUUGAAGAAGUUCCAGAAGAGGAAAGUUUGCAGCUAAAGAAAAGGAAGCGCAACAUAAUGAAUGAUGUGCAAAUAUCCAUGAUUGAGAAUGCUUUACGUGAUGAGCCUAAUAUGCAGCGGAGAGCUGCCUCUGUACAACUUUGGGCUGAUAAAUUGAGUCUUCAUGGUUCAGAAAUCGCUUCUUCCCAGCUAAAAAAUUGGUUAAAUAAUCGGAAAGCCAAACUAGCACGUGCAGCUGCUAAGAAUACCCCUGGAGGUGGUGGGUGGGUGACAGAUGAUGAGCCAUCUUCAUAUGGAGCAGCUGACCCGACCCAGCAGAAAGAUGUGACGGGAAGUGUGUUGAGGAGGUGUGUUAGGCUACAGAAUGGACAACAUGUUGUUCUGGUUGAUGGGAAAGGAGAAGAGAUUGGGAAGGGAAUCAUACAUCUUGCAAAAGGGAUAUGGUUUGAUACAAAGUUGCAGGAAUCCGGGCUGUGUGUUGUGGAUGUUACAUAUCUCAAAGUCGAUGAGAACACUCUUCUCCCAAACCCCUGUGAUGCUACUGGCACCUCAUUUGCUGAGGCCCAAAUGACAUUUGGAAGAAAAAGGAUACUCUGGGACUCCACCAAACUUCUCUUCAUCCAUCCGCUUCACAAUUAAACUCUCUCUCUCUCUCUUAGUUCAGUUUGAGUUGGCAUCUCACAAACCAAACAUGCAUUAUUGUGUGCUUACAUACCUUUACCAAAUCGCAUUGCUUGCUUUUGUGAAGACUAAUUAUCAAAGUAUGAAACUUAAACAUGCAUAUCAUAUUCAUAUAUAUAUAUAUAUCUUUCUUCA